UGGCCACUUAUCAAUAUCUGAACGAUAAACUGUACACACAUACACCUGUCGCUUAGAUUGAUAAAACAGGAAGGUAUAACACACAAGGCGGGUGUUGUCUCCACGAUUCCUAAGAAAGUCAAAAGAGAAAAAAUCCAAGAAGACCAUGGAUCGCCAAGACUUCACUCGUGACUGGUACCAAAAACAGAACUUUCACUCGCCAGGAAGUGUGGAGAUGAGGGACCUCCGACGCCCAAGGACAGCGACUGAUCGUAUGUAUUCGCCAAGUGAUCAUGGGGAGUACCGAAAGUCCAGACAAGGGGAGCCAAUCCCAGACUACCAGCCUAUGGACCAUCAUAUCGAUAAAAGAUAUGUCCCUAUGCCUGGCAUUGCCAUUCCUCGAAAUCGAAAUAGCUUUGCUGGUGAAGGUGUAAACCAACGACAUGUUCAGAAUGGAAACUUGAACCGAUUUGGUGAUAAUAGACAGGGAUAUAUCAAUGGAGGCUUUGCAGAAAAUAAAAGUCCGAGAAAUUCUGGAGCAUAUGAAAACACAGACGAACGCCAGCGGCCACAAAGCAUUGCCCCUAGACCUAGAGAGUCGGCGUACAUAAUGUAUGACGGUAACAAGUACACGGCGUCGGAGUACAACCAUUACAUUGUCCCAGCAGCGGAGGAAAAAGAUAGGCCGGCAUGGGUUGCGAAGGCAAGUCCAUAUAACGAAAAGGACGAGAUGAAUGAAAAAAGUGGUCCCGUAUGUAGCGUUGCAAUUUUGGCGCGUAUAAUCGUGAUCGUCUGCAUCGCUUGGGAUCUGUCUAUGCACUGGUUGUUGGUGGCCGUCAACAUUAAUUUUGAAGGUACUGAGACUGAUAUGACAUGUUCAGAAAAUACGAACGUCAGUCUGGCAUUUGGAAACGUAACUACAACCGUAGACCCAAUAUGUGGGAAACCAACGACGGUGUGGAGAGUGUUUGCUGCGUUUACUUUAAUUGGAUCCCUUCUUUCCAUUAUUCAAAUAAUUAACAUUGGAUGUGAGAUGAUCAAAACCUUCAAACCAAGCGUGUUCCAAGUAUUACACGGUCAAAGCGAAGUAUUGCUUGUUCUGUUCUUCACCCAUCUUCCACAGAUAGGUAUGACUCUAUCCUUCUUUUCCCUGUGUAUCUGUAAUGUCGAGUCAAACGGGAAGACGAUAGCCCUGUACGGCCUUCUGAGCGUCAUCAGCGCUACAGUGUCGUUGACGGCGCGUUAUGCUACCAGUUUUGGCGGACUCGUCACGAACGGAGGAUGCUGCAACACAUGGUGGCGUUGUGCUUGUUGCAAAAACCCCGAGUACUUUUGCCGUGUUCGACCGAGGGAAGUCUGCUGCACGUGCAACGUGCCCUGUCCGCUCUGCUGUUGUACAUUAUACUGCAGAAGCUGCAAAUGGUCGCCGCAGACUUGGUGUGCGCCAUUAAUGAAGGCGUUUUCGUGUUUCUGUGAUUGUUGUAAAACGGAUGAAGAAAUGUAUGGUAUCCGAAUGGUUAACAAUUUGGGACUCUUAGUACUUUGGUUUUGUUCAAGCUUUCAAAUAGCCAUGUAUAUAAUUACCUAUGGCUAGUUCAUUCAAUCAAUACUGUUUUUCAAACAAAGAAAAUUGAUUACUUCUUUAAUUUAACGGAGCUGUUGAACAAGUAGUCAGAGACUUGGACUUGACAGAUACUUAUGAUGACUUAACGGAAAUCAUUUUAUUCUAUUAUGAUUUCCUCGUGAACAUGUAUGUCGAAUUGUCAGUUAUUAAAAGGUGACAAGUUAAAGCAAGUUAAUGAAACGCUUUUUUAAUAAAAUACAUGUACUUAUACAUUGUAUUCUGGUCUUGACUAAAAAUCUGAAAAGUGAGCAGAAACAAAUUUUGUCAGAAAUAUGUCACCAUACAAAUCAGUUGCGUGGGGUGUUUAACAGAGUGACUUGUUUGAUACCUACAAUGGAAUAUAUUUUUUAUUGAAAUUGAUUCAUUUGUUUAAGUUAUUUCAAAUUACAGCCUAUUUGUGAUAAAUUGGAAAGUAUAUUUGUCCUAAGUAUGGAUUUAUUUAUGUCUGCAAUUUUAUUUAUUUAUUUUUUUAUAUAUUUUUCCAAGAAUCUUUACCGAUAUUCUCAGCAGCAAUGUCAUAUGUCAAACUAGAUCUUUAAAUAUUUAUUGAAUUACUUUUGAAAUAUAGCUCGAUAACAUUACAAAAGCGGAGACACAAUAGUUGGGUAAAGAGGAUACAGGAAAACGCUGUCUAAUAUGAUAUGUGAUAUCAUUUAGAAAUUUUUGUACUGUUUUGAUUUUUUUAUUUUUGUCUGAUUUGGUUUGUUCUUUGUCUAGUCCGUUUAUUUUUCUUAUCCACAAUUGUAUAUGAUGAAUGUAGAUGAAUAAAGAUUGUGUGCAUUUUU